AAGAGGCCGUUUCCUAGGCAGCAGGAGGAGGAGGAGGAAGAAGAAGAAAGAAGCGACGGCGGCGUUUGCAACGAACUCUAUGGGGGAGGCCGAGGCCUUCGUCCCGCUCGUCGGUCUGCGGAGUGACGAGCUGGCGCUGCCUGGAGGAGGACAGGUGACAAAGCCACGAUGGAAACUUUAGAAGAAGAAAACUUUGGUGUGUCCAUCUCUUCACCGUCGGAUGCUGAGUUCGAUGCUGUUGUUGGCUAUUUAGAAGAUAUAAUAAUGGAUGAUGACUUCCAGCUUAUACAAAGGAGCUUCAUGGACAAAUACUACCAAGAGUUUGAUGAUACGGAGGAAAAUAAGCUCAUCUACACUCCUAUUUUUAAUGAAUAUAUAUGCUUAGUUGAAAAAUACAUUGAAGAAAAGCUCAUGGACAGGAUUCCUGGUUUCAGCAUGUCUGCCUUCACCUUGUCAUUACAGCAGCACAAGGAUGAAAUUGCAGGGGAUAUUUUUGACAUGCUUCUCACAUUUACUGAUUUCCUCGCAUUUAAAGAAAUGUUCCUGGAUUACAGAGCUGAAAAAGAAGGCCGAGGCCUGGACUUAAGCAGCGGAUUCGUGGUGACACCCUUGAGCAAGUCCUCCAUGUCACCUUCCGCAAACAGUCUACGACACUAGCUCUUGCCUCCGAAAGAGAGCUGUCUCCACUUGGGCUGCCCUGAAUGCAAAAGCCAGAAGAAGAGAUGAAUGUGAUGCUGAGGCGUGCAACCCUUAUUCCCUCUUGGCAGGCCAAUUUUUCGGCUUAGCUGCUCGUUUGAAUUGGGCGUUUCCACAUGAUCAGUGACUAGUAUAACUCCAGCCCCAUUUGAAUAAUGGUGUCUUAGCACUUGGAUUUGUUGCUGUGCCAGCUAAAAGGGACUUUAUGCCAUGGAGGUCAGUUAGUGCCAUGGUCUGUUUGAGGGCUGCCGAUUUCUUGGAAGGAAAACAAGCACUUCUUCAUUGGACAGCAGUGAUGGAAAAUGAGUGUCAAACGUGGGGGUGGUUCUAACUGCACAACUUUUUUUGAAGCUCACAACCACAACAAAUCGGGGAAAACAUGUUUAGCGUAGUUCUGAAUGCCACAUUUUGACUUUCGACAGUACCACGUGUGUGUUUGAUGCGAAUAUAUAUUUAGCAUGAAACUGUUAUUUGUCAGUUCUCUAAUAAUUGUGAAUUUGUAUCCUUUCCCAUUCAACAGACUUAGUGGUGUUGCUCUUGUAAGGCCCCCACUUCAGCUGCAGAAGGAACCAGAAAACCUGGGAUUUCCAAAGUAACCUCUCUCCUAAGAAAAAUCACACCCUGUUUCAUGACUACCAGCAGUAUGUGCUCUAGCAUGGACAAAGCUUUCUGCAGUGUCUUCAUGGGGGAUGGGGACUGUAAACCCAAAUCCAAACUUGUAUGGCUUUCAAGGAACUUUGGGAAUUACAGUUCUGUGAGGUGCUGCAGUUCUUUAAAAACAAAAACAAAAGAGCUAAAGUUCUCCAGGUUCUGCAAUAUUAGUUAGUUAAGCUGGUUUUAACUAUAAUGACCUCCCUCACAGCAAAGCUGUGGAAAUGGUCUGAGAAGUCUAGGACUGACUCUACCAGGUUUUUUUUAUCACAGCCCCCCACCCCCAAAAUAAAAUUACUAAGGUUCAUUCAGGAAAGCAAUGACAGUUAAACCCUCUUUUAAAGUGGAGUGAAUGUGUUCCGAGUGGCUUGAUUAUACCUGCAAGCUUUGGGAUUUCAUCAGUGUUGUGUUUUACCAAGGUUAAAAAACGAAAACAGCAUGGAUAACUUUGCCUGUGCCAUUGUCAGUCUGCAUCUUUGCUAGACACCUGGGAAGCCUCGUUUGGUUCAUGCUGAUGGCUUCCUCCCUCCAUACUGGCUUAGUGAGAUCAGCUAGUAAUACAUGCCAGUAGUGUUGGAUCCGCUCUGCUUGCCCCAGCCACAUCUCUGUUUUUGGCUUACCUCGCAUGGAUCUGUGGAACUCUUGCUGAGAAAGGUGUAGCUGCUGUUGCCAACUUGACUUGUGGAGGACCAGGCA